CUCCUGGCACUGUUUGUUGCUACCCUCUCCUGCUGCGUGUUUUUUCUUCCUUCACCAGUUUUCCGUGAUGACCAAAAGAAUAAGCCGGGGUUUACACUGUUUGUUGCCAGAGACAUUGAGAGGGAAUGUCAAAAUACCUCAACUAACGUCGUUCAUGGAAUCAGGCAAGCAAUUGGAAUAAAGACGAAGCUAAACAAAUUUAUUCGUCAUAAGUAGACUUUCAGAGCAAUUUAAAGUAAAAUAACAUACAUGCCACUGGCUGGAUAGCUCAAGUGCUUUAAAAAUGUCCCUCUUGAGUCGUGGAAUCCAUGGCAAUUUAAGGAGGACAAUGACCGUUUAUUAAUACAGGGCAACUCGAAUAUACUACAGCCUACCUAAUUUCUACACAAAGUAACACGUGUGAAAUCGGUUUUUAUAGCAUCACCCUUGCGCGUUCUUAAGUGGUUCCUCCUUCUCCGCUAUCUCAUUCAGUAAAAGUCAGCUGCGCUCAAGAGACGUCGCCGAGGUGGGAGAACAUUUCAGUACUUUCUUAAAAGGACAGCGCCGGAGCCUCAGAACUGUUAUGCAGAUCACCAGAACGAGAAUAAACUAGUCUCUCAGCAAGUCACUCGCUUAUGAAACAUAUGUCUUUCGUUUGACAACAGUUACGUGCAGUGUAUUUGAAAUAUUGUAUUGCCAUUCACGGCAUAAAUGGACAUAUUAGAGCACUUGACCAUGGAUAACAUUUUAAAAAACUUAUCUUCGCUGUCUGGAGAUUCAUCUUUCUUUUUUAACUUUACCGACGAUGUGAUACACGACGACAGGGAAACUAUAGAUUUUAUUAUUAGAUAUGUGAUACCCUCCGUGUACAUUCUCAUCAUAACGGUCGGAUUGCUGGGGAAUAUCACUUUGGUGAAAAUAUUCAUCACUAAUAGUGCGAUGAGGAGCGUUCCAAAUAUUUUCAUUUCCAGUUUGGCUGCCGGAGAUCUUUUACUUUUGGUUACUUGUGUUCCAAUAGACGCCUUCAGGUACUUCUUCGAGGAAUGGAUCUUCGGCACCGUGGCGUGUAAGCUUAUUCCUGUGAUUCAGCUGACUUCUGUCGGAGUAUCAGUGUUCACACUAACCGCGCUAAGCGCUGACAGGUAUAAAGCAAUUGUGAACCCCAUGGACAUCCAGACUUCGAGCGCUGUUUUCUGGACCUGCUUGAAGGCCGUGUCCAUAUGGCUAAUCUCCGUGCUGCUGGCUGUCCCGGAGGCUGUCUUCUCCCAGGUAGUCCACAUCCAGGACAAGAAUGUCACCUUUACCGCCUGCGUGCCCUAUCCGCUCUCCAACGAGAUGCACCCCAAGAUCCACUCCGUCAUGAUAUUCCUGGUCUACUUCCUCAUCCCCCUGGGCAUCAUAUCCAUCUACUACUAUCACAUCGCCCGGACGCUGAUCAAAAGUGCCCACGACAUGCCGGGGGAAAUCAGCGAGCACACAAAAAGACAGAUGGAAACGAGGAAACGGCUGGCGAAGAUCGUCCUGGUUUUCGUGGGCCUCUUCGCGCUGUGCUGGUUCCCCAACCACGUGCUCUACCUGUACCGUUCCUUCAACUACCGCCGGAUCGACUCCUCCCUCUCGCACCUCAUCAUCACCCUCCUGGCCCGCGUGCUCAGCUUCUCCAGCUCCUGCGUCAACCCCUUCGCCCUGUACCUGCUGAGCGAGAGCUUCCGCCGGCACUUCAACAGCCACCUGCACUGCCGGCGCAAGCGCUACCCGGAGCGCACCAUGAGCUACGUGCAGAGCACGUCGGCCGUCCGCAUGACCUCCAUCAAGAAGAACGCAACCCCCCCCGCCGCCAACGGACACAAGCAGGAGGUCUCGCUCUAGGCGGUUUCGCUGACGGACUGGGCCGAGAUUCCGAGAGCGAGGAUACGCUGAGGCCGUAGCGAGCGCCACCCUCCCGUUUGCUUUGGUAUUUCAACCAAUGCAGAGCGGAGUGUGCGCAUCGAUGGAGAGGACUACCUUCUGGACAGUGGCUGCUGAAAUUUCGUGUUUGUCUAAAAAAUUAACGACUCGGCUUAGCCUAGUUAAAUGUAAAUUUCGAGUUACCACAUGUCAAAUCAAUACAAAGCACAUCGAUAUGUUCCCCGGUGCAAAUUGCUGCUUGUUUCCAGCUUGGUGUUAAGCCGUUCCAGCUGGGUUUGAAGAUCGUCAUGCUGGGAACAAGAUGGUUGAGAUAGCAACCAUACUAGCAAGACCAUGACCAGCUUGGUACAGAAAACAGACCAUCAUCAAAUUCCAGAUGGUACUCAGUAGGAGCAGAAGCUGGUUCCAGCUAGAAUCCAUCUUAGGCCGGUAGCUGGAAUUUCCACCAGGAUUAUACAGACAUCAUAUUGCUAACAUCAAGAGAGGAGGUAAAUACAACAUUUUCUUUGGACACUUCCAAAAGCUUUCAGUCAGUACCUUUUUUGAAUGUCUAAGUCAGUCAGGUUUACAUAGCCAUCUUCGGCCAGCUUAGAAAUUGGUGGAAGACUAUAAUUAAUCAAGGAAUCAUAGCAAUGACAAAGCUAUUGAGUAUCUUGCUCCUUGACAUAAGCCAUUCUGAAAGUCCAUUUCCAGGAAAUCUAUGUCACUGUUUUGAGCUUGUAAGCAUGAAAAUGCUGCAAAUGUAUUUAUAUAUAUUCGGAAUGACGAGAAAAGGUUAACAAUAAUAGCAGGAUGUGUUUGGCAGUGAUGAUAUUUGCUUACAAAUUUUUGAAGUGAAAUGUAUCUGUUAAAGGAACAUCAAUGAAUUAGAAUAAAUAGUAUUCACUGAAUGUCAACCAAUCUUAAAUAGGCCUUUAAUUUUAUGAGCUGUUUUAUGUGUUUAUAGUUAAAAUGUCACAUUACAGCCUUUAUAUUCUUAAUAAUUAAUUUAUCAUGCACAUAAUAUAUGGAUGUAUAAAAGAGGUUCCACAGCUGCAGAAGAAGCAGUCACAUUUUCAUUCAAAAUGAUUUUUCUCCUUCUUAAUAACCUGCGUAUGUAAUUAGAGGCCAGGGCCACAUCAUCAAGUGUUUAUGGGAUUCAAUUAUCUAAUUAUCCAAUUACAGUACUCUAGGGUGCAUCGAGUCGACGGCAUAGCAUAAUAGGAUGUACACAACGAGCAGUCCUUGGAUGUUUCUUGUGGACAAAUAAGACUGAUGCUGUCUUUUGAGAAAUGUGCAUUUUCAGUCUCCUGGUACAUAUGUGCCAAAGAAAAAUGAAAGCAUAUCUAAUUUCCCUGUGUUAUCUUCUGUGACCUUUUCAAUUUAUGUGAGCCAUUUCAGCACUCCAUUACCAUCAGCACCUCAAACUGGACAGAUAAUUGACGGUAUGUUGUAUUAACAUUAUCAUGAAAGCAACAACUAUGAAAUUGCAAAAAAAAAAUAAAAAAUUAUAGUACUUGUUGGUUCUGAGAGUUGGUUCUCAUCACAGUGAUUUACACUUAUUUGUUUUAGUCUGAGAUGUACAUUCAUUGACACAAAAAGAGUAUAUAGUGGACUUGCAUGCUUAUAUGCAUGUUGCUCAAAGUAAUUUUACUAGGGUACCAUCUAGAGUGAUCUAGGGUAUUUUACAAACAUUCACACAACAAACACAGUACACAAACAUGCAGGCACACUAAAAUGUCAAUAUUGUGUUUGAUACAAUUUACACAUGCACGCACGCACACGCACGUGUGCGCACCCACACACACGCACACACACACACAAACACCCAUAUUCCUUGUUCAGUUUUUUUAUUUUUUUGCAGUACUUGAAUGUGAAUGUCAUGUUUAUGUUUUAAGUACCCAGAGUUUGAAUCACAAUGCUCCAGCCUCUGCAUGUUUGUUAAGUUAAUGAUAUGUCUUUAUAGCAUACCUAUAGGGCACUGUGGAAUUAUAAAAUAUAUAUAUAUAUAUGAAAAAAAAACUUACAUAAAAUUUUCAAUGUUAUGUUGCUGAAGCUAAACAACUGUCAUCUUCACAUGUCUAUACAGAAAAUGUACUUGCUUGUACAGUUUAUUGUUCAUACCUGGUUUAUGUUUAGUGAUGUAAUGUGUCAUCCGAGGUACUGUUGUUAUGUGCAGCCAUUGAAAUGUCACAUCAUAAUGAGAAAAAAAAGGCACAUAUCAAAUGAAACCACACACGCUUAUUGUUCCAUUGAAUUUAAAUAGAUUUGUGAUAUUGUGUAUGGAUAAUUUCAUAUGCCAGCUUACUGUUAUUUACAGUAUUAUUCAGGCUGCAGUUGUUUAGUGAUAGAUACUAUUUUUGUAACUGAGGAAAGUCUAUUGUACUACGAGCCAGGUAUGGAUUGCCACUAUUUAGUUUUGUGGCAACAAUGGCUUUCCCUGCAUGUAUUGUAAAAAAAGGGCUCAAAACUGGUUUUAGAUUUCUGUCAUGCAUAUGUUACUGGCAAUGAGCAACAGCACACUGUGCAACUCUAAGAGGUUUUAAGAGUCCAACACAGAACAUAUAGUGCCCUCUAGAAUUAUUCCCUCCCUUCAUAAACUUGAGUGAACAAAGCUACAUUAAAUAAAUAGUACAGAUAAUAAUACAGUUUAGGUAUUACAGAAUAAUAGGGAGAUUUUAUUAUUUUAUACUAAUACAAUUGCUCUGAGGAAAAAAAAAAACAUAUAUAUAUGGCUACUGGUGGGUCUGGUCAAAAUGCUAAAUUUUGGUUUCAUCUGGCCAUACCACUUGGUUCCAAAGGAAGCUCAAAACCUAGAGCUAUUUUCAUUAAAUGCUAUAUUUAUAUAUACAUGUGAAUACAUCAUUUCUUAAAAUGAAUUAAUAAAGAAAUUGAUUCUACACAUAGAAAAAUACAUAUCAGUUCUAUAAUUCAAAGGAUAUGUAUACCACAAAGAUUUGCUAUGAUGACUGCUUUACAUUACUGGUUGACAUUAGGAAGGUAAGGGCUGGAUCUAUUCACAUGUUAUUAUAGUAUGACAACGAUGUUGGCCUGUAUGAAAUUAUUACAUUGUAUAAACACAUAAUCUUUCAUUGUCUUAAACAAUAAGUAUCAUAGCUAAAGGCAUACUACGCAGGAUUUUUACCUUGAAAAUAUUAUAAAAUAUCCAUGCGAAAGCAUACCUAUGAUGCACUGCCAAUCUCUGUCUUUAUUCACUUUCACUGGAUUCAUGCACCUUCACCUGUAUUUGUUAUUGUAAAAUGUGUCCAGGAUAUUUCUGGGCAAGGCACCCUUUGCUGUGUGGGGAGGGGUGAGUGUGGCAACAGAGUCUGUGGUGUGGGAUCAAAUCUCAGUGAAGUGUUUGUUGCAAGCUAGCUAGCCACUGCCCAGAUACAGCAAGGCAAUAGACAAGCCGACAGGGAUUCUUCAAAAACUAGAGUUAACCUUGGAAUUGCUUUUCCUCGAUGGCGUCAGGUGAAGUUCACCAAGGGGAUGAAAACUAACAUGGAGUUGGCUUGUUUUCUGUUGGACAUGUAAGCAAUGUUACCUCUAGCUAUCAAGCUAGACCUGCCAGACAUCCAGGUUUUGACCGGAACGUCCAGUUCUGAAAUUAUUUCCAGUUCAUGUUCCUGCGUAAUUCAUGAGAGACAUUUACCAGUAGUUUCUAAUGAAUUUGUGUGUCAGUGACUCAAUCAGGUAUCCUACUCGGUGGGCGGGGUUGUAGACGGAGGAGGAGACGUCUUUGGUUGUAAACAGAGAACCACGGAAAGGCUAUAAAAUCCUGCAUAGUAUGCCUUUAAUAUGUUUCAACAUCAUAUUUAAAAAAAUUCCUGUAAUGAUAGCUGUGUCAUCACAAUGGUAUCACAGCAGCAUUAAGUCAUCAUUGGUUAGAUGAAUAUAAAUGUUCAUUUUAAAUUCCAUCGAUUGGUUGUUUUUGCUUUUGUACAGUUGUGUUAUAUGCCUUAAUUCAGCAGACUUUGUACAUUUGUUAUAGUGCAAGCACUGUUUUAUGGUACUGCAGCAUGUGUUGACAAUUGAUAUUUUUGUUGAUGCUAAAGAUGUUAAAUGGAUUAAGUCACACCCACGCUAAAUGACAUAUUCCUAUGUAAAAGAUUAAAAUAAAUAUUGAUUUAAUACAGCUUUGAAUAUCUGAAUUCAUUUUUAUAUGUAUAUUCUGUAACUAAAUGACAGGUAUAUAUUCCCAGCGCACUUUGUAAUUCUGUAUUUAUUCAGUUCCACAGAUAUGCUAAAUCAAAC